GCAGGUAAACCGAAAGGUUAAGUUUAUGUUUAUAUUUCUUGCGAUAGUUUGUAUAUGAUUCUACUGAUCCAUUAAUUAAAGGUGCUCUAGGACUACUGAUAGGUUAAAUCUGGUUAUAUAACCUACUGAAGGCUGUAAAGUUACUUCGGAAAGAAAACAUGUCGAAAGUAGAAAGAGGUGCUCAAACCACCAUUGCACAGAGCAAAUUACUCGUACAACACGUCCCUAACUUUUCAAGACUUCACCCAGUUAUACCCAAAAGAUAUGUUCCUGAAUGGAAAACAGACAUGAAGAAUAGAAACAAGUUGAUACAGAAUGCAAAGCUAGCAGAAAUUUAUCCUGGUCCCCAUGACGAAAGUCUCUUUUUGGAAAAGCGGGAACGACUUACACUUGGAGAGAAACGGGACUUCGUGGAGAGUAAAACCAUCUCUGCUGACCGGAAGACUCUUUUAAGUCCACCAUUUCCCUCUCACAUGUCUCGCUAUCAGAGUGAAUUGAUGUAUAGAAGAAAUCCCUGGGAGGAAUAAAAAACAGGCAUAAGCAUUCAACGAAUUUAGUUUAUACCGGUAGUUUUUAUAUAUUUUUAUUUGUUGAAACGCUCUUUUGCAGAGUAAAAUAUAACGCUCUUAAGAUAACGUGUGCAUGUGUUAUAUGUUGCUUUCUAAACUUAAAUUUAACACGACCUACACUAGAGAUAGUAAGCUGUGUAUUUUAAGAUUCUUAUGUCUUCGUUAUCAAGGUUAUAGACAAAUAAAACGGACACAAAUUUUA